AUGGAGCCGCCGAGCGUGCAAAACAUAGGAUACUACAAGGUGUGGGAUGCCAGCAAUGGGCAAUGCGUACAGACCCUCGAGGGCCAUAGCUACUGGGUCUGCAUCAACCUCCAAGGUGAACUUGUCGGAAUGUUGAAAGCUGGCGACGAAGCUUACGGCACUGGGACAAUGACGCUUAUGGUAGAUAUCUUCGACGACAUCCAGAAUUUCAGAGGUGCUACUAAAGUGCGCAUUGCCCCAGAGCCAGUUCCUUGA